AGUGGGGUCACGACUGGCCGCGCUAGAGCGGGAAUUGCGCGAGUGCGGGUCGCAGCGGGUCAGGGCAGCUCCCGACCCGGCACCAUGUCCCGGAACCUCCGCACCGCGCUCAUUUUCGGUGGCUUCGUCUCCCUGCUCGGUGCAGCCUUCUACCCCAUCUACUUCCGGCCCCUAAUGCGGCUGGAGGAGUACCAGAAGGAGCAAGCCAUAAAUCGGGCUGGCAUCGUUCAAGAGGAUGUGCAGCCACCAGGGUUAAAAGUGUGGUCUGAUCCAUUUGGCAGGAAAUGAGAAGGCUAUCACCAACUCUAAUUAUGAAAGUAGACAUCUUCAUGCUUUCAAUUCUGGAGCAAGUAUAAAUCACCUCCUUGUGGUAUGAUGGCUGGUGAAGCAAACUCUAUAAUGCCAUAAAUGUGAGAACUUGUAAUACAAAACUGUACACCAGGAUUCAUAUCCCCUUAUUUCCCUUCUUAAGAAUCAAAAGAACACUGGAACAAAUCUCAGCGUUAGGAAGUUUUUCAUGAUUCAGUUGACUUUCCAAAAAUGAAGCUAUCUCACCCAGCUGUGUUUGGAGUAGAUUUGCUUAGUAUUCAGUCUUUACCACUUACCCAGCUGAGCUGUGAUAUGAAUAUAGGCAACCAGUGAACUUCGGAAGAUCCUCCAAGUCUGUUUUGCCAUCUUCCAAAUGAGAGAUUUCCAUGAAAAACCACCAUGCUGAGCUGCCUCAUAGGGCUCUUUGAAAA